GUAUCGUUUCAUUUCUAAGUUUCCCUAUUGGCCACCUCAUCUAAGAGUCUAAAUAAAAAUUUUCCAGGCAUGCUCUUAAGAUUAUUUCUAGUACUUUCUGCAUUUCACUUAAUAAAUGGAGUAAUGUUCAACAUUAAGCCGAACUCCCAAAAAUGUCUAAAAGAAGACAUUCAGCCAAACCAAUUGGUAAAAGGCGAAUAUGAAGUGUCUAAUAUACCCGGCCAGAUAGUUGACUACAUCGCUCGAGAUACCAAGGGACACAUUUUGUCGAAGGGAGAUCACAUAACAAAGGGGAAAUUCACAUUUAUGUCGGAAGUUUAUGAUACAUACGAGAUUUGUUUUAUUUCGAAAGUACCACCGCAUCAAAGAGGUAUUGAACAGGAAGUCAACUUUAAUACUAAAAAGGGUGUGGAAACGAGGAACUACGAAGGAGUAAGUAAAAAAUUAUAUUAUGUGGGAGGUUGGGUUUUACUCUGGCAUCCCCCGGAACUCGGCGAAUAUUUUCCGGGUUGUCUUUAGUGUGCACACAUGUGU